GGGGGGAGGAGGGAGGAGUGAAAGGGGAGGGGGGGGAGGAGGGAGCGCUCACAGGAACCCUCCGAAAAAAAGAUGGCGGCGGGCUCGGAUCUGCUGGAUGAGGUUUUCCUGAACACGGAGGUGGAUGAGAAGGUGGUGAGCGACCUGGUGGGCUCCCUGGAGUCCCAGCUGGCGGCCUCCGGCCACCACCACCAGCACCACAAGGCGCAGGAGCCCCUGAGGGCCGCUGGGGGGCUGCUGGGGAACCAUGUUGUGAGCGGCAGCAGUAGCAGCAGCAGCCCAAGCCCCAGCCCUGGAGGAGUAGUAGUAGGAGGCAAUGCUAAUGCCCAAACAGAGAGCGGCAGCGGCAGCAAGAUGGGACUGAGUGCCCCAGAGAUCACAAAAGCAGGAGCAGGAGGAGUGCAGGGGGGUGUUAUUAAUCAUAACACCAGGUCCCAGACUUCAGCUCUGGAUGGAGCCACCACAACGAGCACCAGCACCACCACUGCAGCAGCAGGAGGAUCUGAAGUCACUGCUGCUCCAGGGACCCUCAGUCAGGGCAAAUCGGUGGUUAUCAGCACCAUGGCAACUGCCUUGUCCACCAGGAAUGGCAAGAUUGGGACCACAACAGUGCAGACUUUGAAUGGGAGUAACGUGGUGAUGAACUCUCACCACACAGGAAGUGCUGCUUUCUCUGGGACUCCUGUGACUGCCAACCCCACUCCCGCACCUGCUGUUGCCCCUCUCGUUAACAAUGGACCUGGAUCCGUGGGGAAAGGAAACGCUGUUAAUGCUGUUUUGCCCUCAGCUUCCAACACUGUCAUCCAGACUUCUUUCCUUAACACUGCUGUGUCCUCUGCAUCUUCCUCCUCGCCCACAGUUAUCUCCUCACAGCCACCGCCGAGCGUCGGGACCGGGGCGCCCACGGUGACGCUCGUGAGGCCCCCGAUCCACACAGCAGGACCCACGGUAGCUGCAGCUGGUGCAGCCACUCAGAAUGGGAGCAAUACUGUGAUCAAUUCAACCAUCAGUGUGGGGAGUUUUCCUGCUGUUGCCACAGCCACUGUGGGAUCUGGAGUUUCCCUCCAGACAUCGCUGGUGAACAGCCAGUCUGGUUCCACUGUGGCAGCAGCUCCUGCCACACAGGUCAUCAAAUCUGAGUCUCCUAAAACUAUAGUCCAAGCCGUGUCCCAACAGCAGACGCUGGCUACUGGUGGCCAGCCCAGUACUACAGGGGGUAACAUGAUUAUUGGGCAAACUAUGCAAGCUGGGCUCUCAAAUGUUGCUCCCAAUCCUGGUGGGAUACCUCCUGCGGCUCCUGGCACCCCCACAGGAAUGGCUAAAGGCACUGCCAAUACGGUGGCACAAAGUCUGCCAAGGACUCCAACACCAACUACGAGUGGAAUCAGAGCAACUUUGACUCCUACAGUUUUAGCACCUCGUUUGCCUCAGCCACCUCAGAAUCCGACUAACAUUCAGAACUUUCAGUUACCACCAGGCAUGGUCCUUGUGCGCAGUGAGAACGGGCAGUUGCUGAUGAUCCCCCAACAAGCCUUGGCACAGAUGCAAGCACAGGCACACGCCCAGUCCCAGCCUCAGAAUACUCUGACUCCUCGUCCUGCUACACCGACCAGUGCACCCCCAGUGCAGAUAUCGACGGUGCAGGCUCCAGGAACACCCAUUAUUGCACGACAGGUGACACCAACUACUAUUAUCAAGCAAGUGUCUCAGGCUCAAACAACAGUGCAACCCACGACAACGCUACAGCGUCCCCCGGUUGUGCAACCUCAGAUUGUUCUGGGUGGUACUGCACAAACAACCACGCUGGGGACAGCAACAGCUGUACAAACUGGAACUCCUCAGAGAACUGUGCAAGGAACAACGGCCACCUCCACUGCUGCCACAGAAACUAUGGAAAAUGUGAAGAAAUGCAAAAACUUCCUGUCCACAUUAAUAAAACUGGCAUCAUCUGGAAAACAGUCUUCAGAGACUGCGGCCAAUGUGAAAGAAUUAGUACAGAACCUGCUGGAUGGAAAAAUUGAACCAGAAGACUUUACCAGUAGGCUGUACAGAGAACUUAAUUCUUCACCUCAACCUUACCUUGUGCCUUUCCUGAAGAGGAGUUUACCUGCCUUGAGACAGUUAACACCAGACUCUGCAGCUUUCAUUCAGCAGAGCCAGCAGCAGCAGCCGACGACGCAGGCGACGAUAGCCACGAUCCCGUCAGCGGCGGCCGUGCUGCUCAGCUCCACGCAGCAGCGCUCGGCGGGGAAGGCGACUGCCACUGUCACAAGCACCCUCCAGCAACCUGUCAUCAGCCUCACUCAGCCCACACAAGUUGGUGUUAGUAAACAAGGCCAGACCACGCCACUGGUUAUCCAACAGUCUCAGAAAGCAGGGGCAUUGAUAAGGCCCCCCCAAGUAACGUUGACACAGACACCCAUGGUAGCAUUGCGGCAGCCACACAGUCGUAUUAUGCUCACAACUCCUCAAAUUCAACUGAAUCAACUUCAGACAGUACCUGUGGUAAAACCAGCAGUAUUACCUGGAAACAAAGCUAUUGCCACUGUUUCAACACAAGUAGCUGCUGCUCAGAAGAAUAAACUGAAAGAACCUGGGGGAGGCUCUUUUAGGGAUGAUGAUGACAUUAAUGAUGUUGCAUCAAUGGCUGGAGUCAACCUGUCAGAAGAAAGUGCUCGGAUAUUGGCAACAAACUCUGAGCUGGUGGGCACAUUAACAAGGUCCUGUAAAGAUGAAACCUUCCUUUUCCCAGCACCUUUACAAAGAAGGAUAUUAGAAAUAGGUAAAAAACAUGGAAUAACAGAAAUCCAUCCUGAUGUAGUUAGCUACGUAUCGCAUGCUACACAACAAAGACUACAAAACCUCGUGGAAAAGUUAUCAGAGACUGCUCAACAAAGGAAUAUUUCUUACAAGGAUGAUGAAAGAUACGAACAAGCAAGUGACGUUCGGGCACAGCUCAAGUUCUUUGAACAGCUUGAUCAAAUAGAAAAGCAGCGUAAAGAUGAACAAGAAAGGGAAAUUUUAAUGCGCGCGGCAAAGUCUCGAUCUCGACAAGAAGAUCCAGAACAGCUUAGGUUGAAACAGAAGGCCAAGGAGAUGCAGCAGCAGGAGCUCGCCCAGAUGAGGCAGAGGGACGCCAACCUGACUGCGUUAGCUGCCAUCGGCCCCAGGAAGAAAAGGAAAGUAGACUCACCGGGAUCUGGAUCAGGGACAGAGGGAUCUGGUUCAAGUGCAGCAGUCCCAGGCAGCUCUGGAGUUGGAACAACCAGACAGUUUACGCGACAAAGGAUAACGCGGGUGAACCUCAGGGACCUCAUAUUUUGUUUAGAAAAUGAGCGAGAGACAAGCCAUUCACUAUUGCUAUACAAAGCAUUCCUUAAGUAAAAUGGAAAAGAUCAAGGUAUUUUUGACGGAGAGACGCCUGAGGACAUUUUUUAAUAUAUUUGCAAAUUACGCCUUUUUGUAACAAGCAAAUGGGAUAUUGUUUAAAAAACAACCACCUCUUUACAUGGAACAGUUUUAUAUUCCUGUUUAUAAAUAAACUCUUCAGUAUGAGAGAAAUACAUUUCUGUAACAGUGAGGAUACUUACAAGGCCUGUGGAUACUAUAAAAGGACAAUUAAAUUUUAACUCAUCUCUUGAUUGAGUGGCCUUCUUGCCAAACAAGCCAUAUAUAAAGACUGAUGGAAUCGUUUAGCAAAUAACUAGCUACCCUUUGUCAGCCCUGUAGCAGUUUCAACAUUAAUUGUUCAUUUUAGUUCAGUUUUAUUCAACUAAAUCCAUGAUAUAGGCAUAUGUCUACAGCAGAUGACCUCAUUUCAUUUAGCUUUUUUUUUUUUUGAACAGUCAGUUAGCAAAGCAAACUGAUUUUUAAAGAAUAUUUAUCUUUCCCCAAAAUGCUCAAAA